UCGAAAAACAAUUUGAAUUAAAAGAAAAAAAAUAUAUCAUGAUAUCUAUCAAAAAAGAGGAAAAUUUUAUUAUUGUAGAUUUAACCGCCAAUGUAUUUCAAAUUGUCGUCAUUUUUAUUAACAGUUUUAUCGUUAAUUUUUCUCUGGAAAUUUAAUUAUUUAUAUAUUAGUUUGUUCCUUACAGUAAAAAUAAUUAAUUGUAUGCAUGGGAUGUCACAUUGAAUGAGCUUCGAAGUGGAUCGGUACUUAGCUUCGUGGGCACACAUAGCCCUAUGUGCGGAUCUCACAUGGGCUGCAGAACCCCCGGACGAAUUUAUUAUCGCUAAUCAGCGCCUUUGGGCACAACACUGCAGAAUUUCUCAAGUGUUACAAGAGACAGCGUUAGAAUCGAAUCAUAGUAUACAAGCGAAUAAUCAAUUCGAAACGACAGAUACAAAUCUUGCAGAUAAGCGAGCUGCCGCAAACCAAAGUCCAGAAAAUGGAGGCAGUAGCGGCCGACGGAGCGUGAAAGACGUCAUUCCCGAAUCGAGAUUAGCGCAAUUUUAUGGAAAUUUCUAUUACGACGAAGCCAGAGAGAAAUGUUAUGUAAACGCGAAUGAGAGAACAAAUGCGCGUGGAUAUAAUGGACAGGGAUGCGAGAAUUCAGACCUCACAGAAUGUUGGAUGUUGCCUGAGGUAGAAUACUGGUUCCGCAAAUUGGUAGACGACGCGCCGGAUCGGAGUACGGUUCCACGACGCCGGAGACAGUACAGAAUGCUGCCGGAUGACGAUUUCGAGCGCUGGGGCCCGGCCGGGGUGCGUGCGACGGGGGAGGAGUCGGCCCUGGCUGCGAGAGUGCAGAGCGUACGGGGGUUGUGGGCAACACCUGCCCCCGCCCGAUCUCCGCGAGCCCCUAGUCCGCCCCCUGUGCCUCGCAAGAUACGCGCACGACGGCGUCAGCCCCGCAGACUCGCAUUGGCGCCACCUCUACCAGCGUACUGCCUAGAAAUGCCAGCACAGCUCUUUUGUGAUCCAACUUGCAAGUUUCAGUUUGAUCCGCCGAGACCGCCUCUUUUGAACGUGGCGGAAUGUCAGCGCGCAAUGGGGAGAGUGUCAGCCAGCGUGCAAGCCGUGAUGAGAGCAACCGCAGCCCGUUGCCCUCUAUAUCGUGGGACCAACGUAAGCAGAUACGCGCCCACCGGCCAACGACCCGCUCGCUGUCCCGAAAAACGGUACAGUGUCUGGUGGCCGAGAGACCAUCCUUCGCCACAACUUAACCAUCGAUUCCAACUCACACAUACACAAUGCAACGAAACCCAAAAAGUAACCCCAAAAAUUGAACAAGAAAUUAAAGAGCCUUCAGAAGAUAAAACAACUGAAAAUACACCACCAGCUGAAUCUCAACAAGCGGAGAAAAUAGAUCAAAAACCAACAAAUAAUGUCACUGUCGACAGCCAAGUACCAUCUACAAGUAGUGCAGCUAUUGAAACUGGUUUGCGAAAAAAACGUCUGUACAGUACUGUUCUCAGUAUGAGCGCGCCCAAUCCGAUAAAUUUAACACCGGUAGGAUGCGUCAGGUUGGCUCAGAAAUUAACGCCAGGAUUAAUAAAGCUGAACCCUAAGAUUGCGCUACCAACAACUAGACUCCGAUCGAAAAACGUAGUUGACCAUAAAUUUGAAGAGCUAGAAAAAGAGGCUUUAGAACAAUACAAAGCUUCGGACGAAAGUAUAGAUACAAAGUUUCGUGAACUAGAAAAACAAGCAGUAGAACAAUAUAGUACAAGUAAUAGUAACACCAGUUGCAGCAGCAGUAAUUCUGCAGGGAAACGUACAUCUAGUUCCCCGUCUGUGUCGGAUGAUUCAAAAAGCAAAAGGCAAGCAGCAAAAUUUCAUAAAGAGAAAGUUGACAGUGUCGUGAUAUAUUCCCAAAACUUCCCGGACCUCAAUACAAAGUCGCAUACGAAUAUGAGUUUAAAAAACUUCCACAUCCCCCCGAGGGGGGAAAAAAAGGAGCAAACACAUAGACCAAAAAGAACUCUGAAGAGUGAACAGAGAGCGGCUUCUGAUACUGAUUACGAGGCUAAAGAAGCUGCGCUGAAAUGCCAUAAAGGUCCUUUGCGUUGGACCCUGCAUGUGAUGCCACCGAAGAAGCGGCAUUUGACCUUGUGCGUGUCGGAUUGUUCCUCUGAUGAGGAAUUAAAAGAUGCUACUGGUUCCAUCAAAGAUGCGGGGCCUUGUAUAAGACGACAUAUCUCUGGAAAGGUUAAAAUGUCCGCACACGGUGGGGGCGACUUACGUCCAGUCAUGAGAAAAACAUAGUAAAUAUUUAUUGAAAGAUCAUGAAUGGGUGCAAAAAAACUACUGUAUUUACACUUUACCACUGAAAGUUGCGGAUCGAAAUUGAGAAAUGCGUAUAAACAAGUCGAAGUGUGUAUUUAAUUAAAUUAUUGUGACGUUUAUUUUUUUGAGCAUUUUAUACGAUCGUCAACUUUUAGUGGUGGAAAUUUGUUUUUGAUAUAAAUAUUGUGGUGAACAAACAGUGAACAUCGUAGUGUGACGCGAAGGUGUACCGAACUGUGACAUCACUUAUGUGACAAAGCUAUUUUAGCAAUGUGCUCAUUUUACUAGUCAUAAAUAUUUUGUAUAUAUAUAUAUUUGUAUUUUUUGAAUUUAUUAAUAAGACUAUCUAUUAAGAAAAUUAAUUUCAGUUAAAAAAAUUUACAAACGUAAAUUCUCUAGGUAACUAGCAAAGAAAAAUAAAUUUUAUAUGAAUUGUUAUAA